CUACCGGUGUGUCUUGAUUACCGGGUGAAGGUAACACACGAGUGUAGUUACAGUUCAAUCACGUUGAGACAAUUUAUUUAGUCGUGUCCGUCAGUUUUAUUUCAUUGCAUAUUGUAUGAUAUUGUUCAGAAUGUUAUUGGAUUUUUUUUCAAUUUAUUUAUUUAUUUAAUUGCUUGAAUUUCUUGUGUGAUUACAACACACUGCACGCUGUUGUGAAUGCAGCGGCUGCAGUUGCCUGCACUCACCUGUGUCGCUGUGAUUUCUUCCGGGUUUUUUCUUCCUCUCUCACUUUCUGUCCACAUCUCUCUGCCUCUUUCACGGUUUGUUUUGAACAUCAUGUCUCGCCGUUUCUGCGGUUUCCAGCAUAUUUAGUUACACUUUGGAUCAAAGUAUGAUGUGUUUUUGGGCUUUUUUCAUGUGUGUCGAGAGAAAAGGAAGCAGCGAGUGAGUGAGUGAGUCAGUGAGUGAGUUAGUGAGGGGGACACCUGUUGUUGUUCGCUGCUUCGGCACUGACAGGACAGAGGACAGGACAGGUGUGUCUGUGCAGACAGCACAGGUGCCGGUGAAACCACUUCAUUCCACUGAAACUCUCGGUCAUAACGUAUCUACUCUUUACUGUUUGGACCAAGGAUUCAACAGUAUGAAAGUGACGGUGACCUUCGGCGACACGGCAGUGGUUGUUCCCUGUAAAACAGGCUGGACGGUGCGGGAUUUAAUCGACCAAGCCUCGCGGAGGUACCGGAGGAUUCUGGAGCAGUAUGAGGAUCUUAGUGUGAAGAUCCACCACUUGGAGUACACCGACGGAGGUAUCCUGGACAUGGACGACCUGCUGAAUGAGCUGGUGGAGGACAAGGACAGGCUGAUUGCAGUCUUCGACAAAGUAAAGCGUGGAAGGACGGACAGUCCCAGAGACAACAUGUCCAACUACUCCAGCGGAGCCCCCAGUCCUGAGCCCCUCCACUACCACUCCCACCUGCAGUUCCUCGAGUCAAACAAGGGAGAGAUUGAAGUCAAUGAAGCCGUCCUCAAAGCAAACACACCCCUGAUGGUGAGGAGCAGCAGCGACUCGGCGUUAGCUCCGGCUCAUGACAUGGUACGAACACCAACACCUGAAGACCCCCGCCACUUGUCUCCUGAAGUGGAAAUCAACCAUGUGCUGAAAGGAGCGUUGGACAGACUGCACACAGACAGCCCACCCUUCAAGAUGAACAAGGUUAACUACAGCUCCCUGACAAAGACAGUGGAGUUCCCUGGGGACCAGCGGCCUCUGGGAAUCCAUGUGGUUCCGUACUAUUCCUCCUUGAGUGGAAGAACGCUGGGUCUCCAUGUCAGAGGCAUCGAGGAGAACAGUCGCUCCAGGAAGGAAAACCUCUUCAAGGAAGACGAGUGCAUCGUCCAAAUCAACGACACACCACUGGAAGACAAGACAUUUGGACAUUCUCAGGAAGUGUUCCGCCAGGCCAUGUCCUCCCCCAUGGUUUACGCUGAGGUUCUUCCUGUGGCCAACAAGCUGCAAUACGAGAAAAGCCUAAUUGGCCAGCUGUUCAAUGCAGAUGACUUAGCAAGAACAAAGAGUCCAACGGUGGUCCGUGCCAGGAUUGACUCACAACCAGAAGCCAAACCUGACCCUAAAGUGAACCAGUUAGUGAGGCGACCAGGCCAACGUUCCAGGACUCCAGACCUGACUGCACUGGAGGUCAAGUCUGAAACCUCGUCCUUAGAGAGAGUCUCUCCCACACCUCCAGAGAGAGCUGCUAGCACCUCCCCUCAACCCAACACCCACAGCCACAGUCAGCCGCCCAGUAUGAGCCCUGUUUCUGACAGUAUGCUGGACCCCAUAAAUAAGAAGGGCGGCAAGAGGAUGAAGAUUGACCUGAAGAAAGGUCCUGAGGGUCUGGGCUUUACAGUCGUAACCCGAGACUCCUCCAUCAAUGGACGAGGGCCCAUCCUGAUAAAGAACAUCCUACCUCGGGGUGCAGCAGUCAAAGAUGGACGCCUGCAGCCUGGUGACCGCAUCCUGGAGGUGAAUGGAGUGGACAUGACAGACCGUAGCCAGGAGGAGCUGGUGGCCAUGCUGCGCAGCACCAAGCAGGGGGAGAGUGUGUCUCUGAUGGUGUCUCGACAGGAGGACCUCUUCUUGCCCCGGGAACUGAAAGGUGAGGAAGCCAACAGUGUGCUGUUGGAGGACGGCAGGGAGCAGCUGAUGUACGAGAUCCCCCUCAAUGAGACGGGCUCCGCGGGGCUGGGCGUCAGCCUGAAAGGCAACAAGUCCAAAGAGACCGGAGAAGAUCUGGGUAUCUUCAUCAAGUCCAUCAUCCAUGGGGGGGCAGCGUAUAAGGACGGACGUUUGACCGUCAACGACCAGCUGGUUGCUGUAAAUGGUGAAUCGCUGCUGGGACAUUCCAACCACACUGCCAUGGAGACACUGAGACGUUCCAUGUCCUCUGAGGGCAAUGCCAGAGGAACCAUUCAGCUGGUGGUGCUCCGUGCUCCCAGACAGAAGAGUGGUUUUGAACCAGGCAAGACCACAGAAGUCUCCUCCGCUCACCAACACAAUCCUCAUGCAGGUUCCAGCAAUCAGGACCCUAGGCUUAAUUCUGCAGGACCCUCCAGAGCAUCGGAGACGGAGACAGGCAGGAACGCCACAGGUCGCAUUCCAGCUCCAAACGAUAACUACUCACAGAACAGAGAGCCGAGACACGCUCCACAUCCAACUGCCACCACCAACGGCAGCUACUCUCAGCACUACAACGAGGACGAGGAGCUGGAUUUCCCACGUCCUCCUUCUCCACGCACCAUGGAGCAAAUAAACCGAAACCUGCGACUGAAGCUUUCUCAGCACAGUGAUUCUCAGAUGCCUCAACACCAGCUGAUCAACAACAUGGACAACCAUCCUCGCAGCAGAGAAUCCAAAAGCAUGGAUAUGGUGGCGGACGAGAGCAACGUUGCAUCUUUGGUCGCACAGAAGAAGAAAGAUCCUUCUGCUGGUACAGCACUGGGUCCAACCCUGGGCCUGUGGAAGUCCAGCUCCCUGGAGAGCCUCCAGACGGCUGUGUCUGAAGCCAAGCAGAAUCACUUCCAAGCCCAGGCUCCCAUUCAUCGUCCGCGGCCUCACAUGGUCCGUGGUCGAGGAUGCAACCAGAGUUUUCGCAUCGCUAUUGACAAGUCCUACGAUGGACCCUCUGAAGAUGACGACGAGCUGUCAGAGCAGAGCUCGGGCCACGAAACGCCGGUUAGCACCUCCUCUCGUCAGGGCCUGGACACAGAGGAGGAGAAGAAGAACAAAACCAAGGGGAAAAAGAAGGAAAAGAAGAACAAAGUGAAGAAGAAAACAGAUGAUUCUGGCGAGGAUUUAGACAAAAAGACCAAAAAGAAAGGAUUUGGUCUCCUAAGGUUUGGUAAAAAGAAAGAAGACAAAAACAAAGAUACAGCAAAAUCAACCAAGGGUAAACUGGAGGUCCUGAGUGAAGAGGACGUGUCCAGGGUCCCUGACACCAGAGAUGGUUAUGACCCACGUUAUGCCGAUGUCCACUCUGGCCACGCCACCCCCGACACCGGUUCCUUCCCUGACAUGGAUGACGAUGACAUGGACCCCAACUACGCCCGCAUCGACAACUUCCGGCAGCCAACGUCGCCUCAGUCGUUCAACACUCGAACGCCCUCCCCCGCAGCAGCGGUGGCUCCUCAGCAGCCACAGCCCUCUGUGGAGGAGCUGGACGGACUCUACGCCAGAGUCAACAAGAGCAGACCACCACAGGUGCAGGCAAACAGCGAUCAACAGAUCCAGAGUGAGCGUCGUGAGUACCAGCAGACCCGAGCCGCUCCUGUCUACGAGGACUUGGAUGCUGCUCGACGCCGAAUUCUAGAGAACGACCCCAACCGGAUGGCGCCGAGAGCGGCAGAACCUCGACGCGGUCAUCUAUACGAAGACAUAGACAAUCGUCACUACAGCUCACAGCCCAGGCGGGAUCCGUAUGAUUACCCCAUCUACUCCAGACCUGUCAAAGAUAAACGAGACGCGGCACCAGGCCACUACCACGACCAGCCUGCUUCCAGUCACACUGGCCGCGUCCCGCUCCCCCAGUCGGGCACCAAUUCUCAGCAGCCGCCCGGCAACCAACGCUACCACCCAUCGUCCUCCCAACAGCACCUCACGGUGGUGAGGCAGGAUGUGCCGCCAUCUCCUACUGCAGGGCACGAAGGGCAAGACCACUACAGAGCUGUCAGAGGGAGGGGCGACGCCCACCGGGAUGCCAGCCCAGGAAGGUACGCAGCCUCCAGGGAGCGCUACGCCAGCCCGGAGCGCUACGACUACAGAGAUGACAGUCAGGCUGAUCCUCGACGGAAAAACCCGCUGAUUAAUGCAGUAUAAAAACGGGAGCCACGUCUGAGUGUGUAAAUCGGCUGUGGCCUAUCAGGUUAGGGUCUUUUUAACAAGCCAUAAAAGAUUAUUGCACAUGUAAUCCACUGUAGCUGUGCGGCUGUACCAGCGGCUGACACACUGCCAGUGCUGACUUCAUUAAAGUUUCCAGAAGAAGCAGUGAGAACAUGGACUCGGGAAAAGGCUGAUUUGAACAAAAAAAGACAUACAGAAUAUUCUUUAAUCCAAAUGGUUGUCUGUAAACCUGUGACUCAUUUUCACCAAAAGACACGAGCUGAUGGUUAAAAUCUUUGUGUCACUAAGUGAAGAAACAACGUUGAUGUGAAGUGAUGGAGAAAAUUAUUUUUAUGAUGGAAACCAGGGGUGGAUGAACCAGUCCAAAUAUUUGCUUAUGGACAAACAAACAAACAAACAAGAAAAUCACUAUCACUGUUAUACUGCCACCUAUUGAA